AUGCCUGUUUCAAAAAGAAGUCUGUUCAUAUCUAUCCAUCACUCUCUAUCUCUCUGUUUAAAUAAAUAUUAUUCUGUUGUUAUCUAUUUCAUCCUGCCCAUAUCUAUCUAUCUAUCUAUCUAUCUAUCUAUCUAUCUAUCUCUUGUUCUAUCUAUCUAUCUAUCUAUCUAUCUAUCUAUCUAUCUAUCUAUCUAUCUAUCUGAGUCCCAACAUAGCAUAAAGAACAAGUGUAAUACGAGAGAGUUUGAAUGUCUAUCUAAUCAUAAUAUCUAUCUAUCUAUCUAUCUAACUAUCUAUCUAACUAUCUAUCUAUCUAUCUGUCCAUUUCUGGUAUCACGAGGUUUAGUUCAUCUUGGAGCAAAUGCUUUAACUAUUUCCUCUUAUUCUAAAUCGAAUUAUCUUAUUAUUUUCUUCGGCGCUGUCCUUAAUGGUCGAUUUUGUCUUAUUUUCUCAUAUGCAUUUUUCCACCCCCUCCCUUUUCUCCUACUUCCUCCUUCUUUUUCUUCCCCUUUCUUCUUCCUCCUAUUCAUACUAUUCUUCUUUUUUUGUUCUUUUUCUUUUUCUUCCUCCUACUCAUACUUUUCCUUCAUUUCCUUCUUAUUCUUCCUCUUUCUUCUUCCUCCUACUCAUACUUUUCUUUCUUUUCUUUCUCCUUACUCUUCUUUCUUUCUUCUGCUCAUGUUUCUUUCUUUCUUUCUUUCUUUCUUUCUUUCUUUCUUUCUUUCUUUCUUCUUCUUCUUCUUUAACACGCACCCUUUUCUUCUUCUCUUUCUUCUUCUUUUAAGCCUCCUCUUCUCUUCCACCUACACUAAUUUGGGUUUCUCCUCUCCCUCACAUCUCCUUCAAUCCCACUUAUUUUUUAUUUUGUCCUCUAAUCUUUCUCCUUCUUUAUUUAAUCUUCUCCCUACUUCUCCUCCUAAUCCCCUCUCUUCAUCUUCCUCACUAUCCCCUCUCUUUCUCCUCCUUCUUUUCUUCUUCUUCUUCUUACUCAUACAUUUCUUUCUUUUCCUUCUUGUUCCACUCCUUUCUCUUUCUUUUUCUUCUGCUCACACCACACUUCCUUUUCUUCUUCUCUUUCUUCUUCUUUUAAUCCUCCUCUUUUCUUCCACCUACACUAAUUUUCCUUGGGUUUCUCCUCUCCAUUACGUCUCCUUCACUCCCACUCAUUUUUUCUCUUUCUUUUACCCUCUAAUCUUUCUCCUUCUUAAAUUUUUCUCCUUUCUUCCCCUCCUAAUCCCUUCUCUUCAUAAAGCCCCUCUCCUCCUCCUCCUCCUCUUCUUCUUCAACACACUCUCUUUCCUUUCUCUUCACUAUUCUUCCCUUUCUUCCUCCUCUCUUUCUCCACCCCUGUUUCUCCCUACUCCCAUUCUUAACCUGAACUCUUCUUCGCCUCGUCCUCCAGUCUCCUUCAUUUUCAUCUUCCUCACUCUCCCCUCUCUCUUCUUCUUCCUCUCAUCAUGGCACUUUUUCUCUUCCCCUCUUUCAUAA